AAAGCACUAAAAAUGAAUAAUAAAAUUGGAAAUCUUUCUGUUGCUGACAUCUGUGUGAUUGCAGCUUAUUUUUGUGGAGUUGUAAUUGUUGGAAUAUGGUCGAUGUUUCAGUCAAAAAGAGGCACAAUUGAUGGUUACUUUCUGGCUGGUAGAUUUAUGACUUUUUUGCCAGUUGGUAUGUCCUUAUUUGCUAGCAAUAUUGGCAGUGAACAUCUUAUUGGACUUGCUGGUUCAGGUGCUGCAGCUGGCAUAAGUGUUGGUGCAUUUGAAUUAAAUGCACUUGCAUUUUUACAACUUUUGGCUUUUGUAUUUUUACCUGUAUACAUUGCAAGUGGGGUGUGUACUCUACCAGAAUAUAUACACAAAAGGUUUGGUGGUAAUCGUAUUCGAAUAUUUUUAUCAGUUUUAUCUCUUUUACUAUACAUCUUUACAAAGAUAUCUGUCAAUAUGUAUUCUGGGGCGUUGUUCAUACAGCAAUCUGUUGGGUGGAACUUGUAUGUGUCUAUACUUGGACUACUUGCAUUAACUGGGCUGUGUACUGUUACUGGAGGUUUAGCUGCUGUUAUUUACUUAGACACAUUCAUGGCAUUUAUUAUGAUUGGUGGAGUAACAAUAAUGACAUAUAUUGGAUUUCAUAAAAUAGGGGGUUAUAAUGAGUUACGUAUUAAAUAUAUGAAUGCUGUACCUGAUGAGGUUCUUGCAGGGAACACAACAUGUGGAAUACCUAGACCAGAUUCAUUUAUUUUGUUGCGUGAUCCUAUUAAUUCUGAUCUUCCUUGGCCUGGAUUCCUACUUGGUCAAUCUACUGCAUCCAUAUGGUACUGGUGUGCUGACCAAGUUAUUGUCCAAAGAGCAUUAGCUGCAAAAAGUCUUUCUCACGCCCAAGGCGGAGCAGUGAUUGCUGGAUAUAUCAAAAUUAUUCCUUUAUUUACUAUGGUCAUGCCUGGAAUGAUUAGUCGCAUACUUUUUCCUAAUGAUAUUGCAUGUGUAGAUCCUGAGAAAUGUUUAGCAAUUUGUGGAAGCAAAGCUGGUUGUAGCAAUAUUGCCCUGCCAAAACUUGUCCUUGAAAUACUUCCAUCUGGUUUACGUGGUAUGAUGUUAGCAGUCAUGAUGGCUGCUUUGAUGAGUGAUCUUACCUCAAUCUUCAAUAGUGCAUCAGCACUUUUUACUAUGGACAUUUAUAAAAAUCUUAGAAAACAUGCAUCAACAAGGGAACUGAUGAUUGUAGGCAGAUUGUUUGUGCUUGUUUUGUGUAUCAUCAGUGUGUUAUGGGUUCCAAUCUUAAAGGAUUUGCAAGGUGGGCAGUUGUUUAUCUACAUACAAGCUGUCUCUUCCUACUUUGCACCUCCUAUAGCAGCUGUAUACCUCAUUGCUAUCUUAUGGAAGCGUAGUAACGAAGUGGGUACUUUCUGGGCGCUAAUAGUUGGUUUCUUCAUUGGAAUUAUAAGAAUGGGAUUGGAUUUUUCUCACCCUACGCCUGGUUGUAAUGAACCUGACAAACGUCCUGCAAUUAUUAAACAUGUGCAUUAUUUCUACUUUGCAUUUAUUUUAUUUGUUGUCACAUCUAUUGUUUGUGUUGUUUUAAGUUUAGUAACAGACGCACCACAUCCUGAACAACUGAUUCGUACAACAGUUUGGACAAAACAUGAUUCUACUAUUCGAGGUGAUGAAAUAAAAGAAGAGCAUGAUAUGGAUGAAAUUGAUGAAAAUGAAAUGAAAAGAAGAAAUUUGUGCGAUGAAGAAUUGGAAUUUCAUUCCUAUGUGGAUGUCAUUGGAAGCAGAGAUACAGGUUUAACAGUUCCUUCAUUAAAACAUAGCUCUUGCUGGAAACGAGUAUUUUACUUUGCGUGUGGGUUCUCGCAAAACGUGCGAGAGGAAAAAAAAUCGAUUGUUGAACAGCACGAGCAUUGGAGAGAUAUUAUAUCUCUUAAACAAAGACCUCUUGCAAAAGCGUUUUUGCAUAUCCAGUGUUUUAUUAUACUUAGUGUUUGUUUGUUUUUGCAAAUUUAUUUCAGCGUACCUGAUGGUAAACCAACUAAACCGACCAUUAAAAUUCCUGACCCAUUAUUUAAUUAUAAUAGAUCUAGAUCAUU